AUGAAUGCAAUUAAGCGCUUGUUGCCGGUGUCGUUGUUUCUGUACGCUUUGUUCGUGGUUCUGCUGCCAUUCCAGGCCAGGGCCAAGGACGAUGUGGAGAACUACGGCACUGUGAUCGGUAUCGAUCUGGGUACUACGUACUCGUGUGUCGCGGUUAUGAAGAACGGUAAGACUGAGAUUCUUGCGAAUGAGCAAGGUAACAGAAUCACGCCUUCCUACGUGGCGUUCACGGACGACGAGAGGUUGAUUGGUGACGCCGCAAAGAACCAGAUUGCUGCCAACCCUACCAACACCAUCUUCGACAUCAAGAGACUGAUUGGUUUGAAGUUCAACGACAGAUCUGUGCAGAGAGACAUCAAGCACUUGCCAUUCAAGGUCGUCGACAAGGACGGCAAGCCUGUGGUCCAAGUCAAAGUGAAAGGUGAGGACAGGGUGUUCACCCCUGAGGAGAUCUCCGGUAUGAUUUUGGGUAAGAUGAAGCAGAUCGCUGAGGACUACCUGGGCAAGAAGGUCACGCACGCCGUGGUCACUGUCCCAGCUUACUUCAACGACGCGCAGAGACAGGCCACCAAGGACGCCGGUACCAUCGCUGGUCUGAACGUCUUGAGAAUUGUCAACGAGCCUACCGCCGCCGCCAUCGCUUACGGUCUGGACAAGUCCGACAAGGAACACCAGAUUAUCGUCUACGACUUGGGUGGUGGUACUUUCGACGUCUCCCUAUUGUCCAUUGAAAACGGUGUCUUCGAAGUCCAGGCCACCUCCGGUGACACUCACUUGGGUGGUGAGGAUUUCGACUACAAGAUCGUCCGCCAAUUGAUCAAGACUUUCAAGAAGAAGCACGGUAUUGAUGUCUCUGACAACGAAAAGGCCUUGGCCAAGUUGAAGAGAGAGGCCGAAAAGGCCAAGCGUGCUUUGUCCAGCCAAAUGUCCACCCGUAUCGAAAUCGACUCCUUCGUUGAUGGUAUCGACUUGAGUGAAACUUUGACCAGAGCUAAGUUCGAGGAAUUGAACUUGGACCUGUUCAAGAAGACUUUGAAGCCAGUUGAAAAAGUCCUAGAAGAUGCCGGCUUGGAGAAGAAGGACAUCGAUGACUUCGUUCUAGUUGGUGGUUCCACCAGAAUUCCAAAGGUUCAGCAAUUGUUGGAAUCUUUCUUCAACGGUAAGAAGGCUUCCAAGGGUAUCAACCCAGAUGAGGCCGUCGCCUACGGUGCCGCUGUCCAAGCUGGUGUUUUGUCCGGUGAAGAAGGUGUCGAAGACAUUGUCUUGCUAGAUGUUAACGCUUUGACCCUGGGUAUUGAAACCACUGGUGGUGUCAUGACCCCACUGAUCAAGAGAAACACUGCUAUCCCAACCAAGAAGUCUCAAAUCUUCUCCACUGCUGUCGACAACCAACCAACUGUCCAAAUCAAGGUCUACGAAGGUGAAAGAGCCAUGUCCAAGGACAACAACUUGUUGGGUAAGUUCGAACUGACUGGUAUCCCACCAGCUCCAAGAGGUAUCCCACAAAUUGAAGUCACCUUCGCUCUAGACGCUAACGGUAUCUUGAAGGUGUCUGCCACCGACAAGGGUACCGGUAAGUCCGAAUCUAUCACCAUCACCAACGAUAAGGGUAGAUUGACCCAGGAUGAAAUCGACAGAAUGGUUGAAGAAGCUGAAAAGUUCGCUUCCGAAGACGCCGUUCUAAGAACAAAGAUCGAAGCUAGAAACAAGCUGGAAAACUACGCUCACUCCAUCAAGAACCAAGUCGAAGGUGAUUUGGCUGAAAAGUUGGAAGAAGAAGACAAGGAAACCUUGUUGGACGCUGCUAACGACACCUUGGAGUGGCUAGAAGACAACUUCGAUUCUGCUACUACUGAAGAAUUUGAAGAGAAGUUCGAAGCUUUGUCCAAGACCGCAUACCCAAUCACUUCUAAGCUAUACGGUGGCGCAGAUGGCUCUGCUCCUGUAUAUGAUGAUGAUGAAGAUGAAGAUGAUGAUACUGACUACUUCGACGACGAAUUGUAA